AUGGCUGCUGGCGGUCGCCGCCCGGCGGUAACUCUGCCGGCGGUGCUCAUCCUCGUAUGCGUGCUGGUGGCCACGGCGCCCGGGCUCCAAAUGCUCCUUGACGAGGACCCAAGUACGUACCCCGACAGUAGGCCGAGGGAGUUCUGGUACCGGCGCGGAGAAGUGGUCGUCAUCGAUCUAGGCAACACCAACUCUUGCGUCGCCGGCUACACCGGCUCCGGCAAGACGACCGACGACGACACCAUGUUCCAGUUCUGCAUCCCCUCCUGGGUCGCCUUCACCGACAACGGCACUUCCCUCGUCGGCGAGGCCGCCAAGAACCACGCCGCCGCCAACCCCGAGGCCACCAUCUUCGGUUUCAAACGCUUGCUCGGGCUAAGGCGAAACCGCUGGUACGACGAGGACAUCGUGCAGGGAGCCAUCCAGCGCGUGCCGUACAAGAUCGGUACAAUUGAUUACGACACGGCGAUCGUCCACGUGACGGCCAGCGAUGGUUCAGUCAAGCAGCUCGAGUUCAGCGAGGUCGCGUCCAUGGUAGUGGCUGAGCUCAAGAACAAGGCCGAGGAGUACCUCGGCCGCACGGUCGAGUACGCCGUCAUGACCAUCCCGCAGCAUUUCGCCGUGGCACACAGCGGGGCGGCUGAGUACGCCGGCAAGAUGGCCGGGCUGGACGUCGUCUGGACGGUCACAGAGCCGACCGCCGCUGCCGUCGCUCACGGCCUGCACACGAAGCUGCGCGAGCGCGGCACUGCGCUUGUCUUGCGUGUCGGCGGCGGCUCGUCCGACGCGAGCCUUGUGGUGCUGCUGGACGGCAGGUUUCAAGUCUUUGGGUAUCGGAUGGACAAUUUCCUUGGAGGAGACGAUUUUGACGACAGGGUCGUGGACUACUUCGCCAAGCGCAUCAAGCUGAAGCACGGAGUGGAUAUCAGUCAGGACAGGAUCGGUCUAGGCAAAUUGAGGGCGGCAUGUGAGAAUGCCAAGAAGGCAUUGAGCAGUCAAGAUCAUGUCCAGGUGAUUGUUGAGUCCCUCGUUGAUGGUGUCGAUUUCUCGGAGCCGCUCUCACGGUCGGAGUUUGAGGAACUGAAUGAUGAUCUGUUCCGCAAAGUCAUGAACUUGGUGGAAACAGCCAUGGUGAACAGAGGUGGUAUAAAGUGGAGCAAGAGCAAGAUCGGUGAGAUUGUUAUGGUCGGUGGGAGUGCCGUGAUACCCAGGAUUCAAAACCUCGUCAGGGAUUACUUUGAUGGAAGGGAGCCUAACAUACGGAGGAAACCGGAUGAAGCGAUGGCUCUUGGAGCUGCACUUUACGUCCAUUCUCUUUAG